GCGAAAAUAAAUCAGUGGCAAAGUAUCCCUAGUUACCGUAGUAAAUUUUGAUGUUUUGAGAUAAUUAUCAUUGACCAUUUCUCUUUUAGUUUGCAUUGGUGGCUGGUAUGGAGAAAACUGUUCUCUACGAUGUAAUGAAAACUGUGUCAAUCAGUCAUGUGACCAUAUCACAGGCAACUGUACAUACGGAUGUAAACCGGGAUAUAGGACUCCUCACUGCAAACAGGGUAAUUCUUAAUACGGUGUAAAUUGUUAAAAUUGUUUGCAUCAUAUAGCUUUUAAAUAUCAAACAAUUCUUUUCCAGCUUCGGUAUUUCAAAUGAUCAACAAAUUAAUACAAAAAUGAUCAAUAAACUGCAAACCUAUCUUUUCAAACAACUUUCCUAUAAUACUGUCAAUUUUUAGAAUAUAUGUGCGCUUUAUCUACGUAUGACAUACAUCAUCAUACAUGUAUAUUAAAUGCAGUCGGACGUGUUUUAUACCGAUUGUUAGAUCGUUCAUUUUAUACUAAUUUUGACUACGGAUUACUCCGUUUACUUGAAUAAGAUCUAGGGCCACGACAGGUGUGAUCGGUCAACAGGGUAUGCGUACUCCUCCUUGGUAUCUGAUCUCACCUCUGCUGUUUCCUGGGGUUUGUGUGUUUGAAUUUAAGAAUUUAUGGGAUUGAUUGCUGUUCAAUGUCCAAAAUUCACUUUUUCAUCUUGCAGAAAAAGUUCGAAUGAUAAAUAAAUAAUCUUAUAUAGCUUCCCUCUAAUGUUCUUCUAGAAUGCUCAGUAAAAACGUACGGCAAAGGUUGUGGAAAUCACUGCAGCAGUCAUUGCAGAAAUAUGACAUGUAAUCCAAUCAAUGGAUCUUGUUUGGAGGGCUGUAUUCCCGGUUACUUGGGAAGUUUCUGCAACAAACCAUGUGACAAUGGAACAUAUGGACUCAACUGCUCCCAGAAUUGUUCUCAGAACUGCCUCAACGUUUGUGAUUCUGUUAACGGAUCCUGCACGUGUUCCUCUGGGCGGACGGGGUCCCCUAACUGUAGUGAAACAUGUGACAAAGGAACAUAUGGGAUAAACUGCUCCAAGAAUUGUUCUCAGAACUGCCUCGGCGAAUGUGAUAAUGUUGGCGGAUCCUGCACAUUUUCCUCUGGGUGGACAAUAUCCCCUGGCUGUAGUGAAAAGGUACCUAUUGUUAGUAAUGACGAGUAUAAUACUCCAGAUGCAUACAUCGUAGCCUUAUCUAUCUUACUGAUUAUCAACUUUAGCCUGGUCGUUGUCAUUGUUAUAUUAUUGAGGCUACUCUAUAACAGAAAACAAGAGAAGCGUUCAUCUGAAUAUAUCACUAGUGCCGAAAUAUCACCGCCAUCAGAAAUCAGCGAUAACGAUGUACACCAGUAUCAGGAACUCAACAUGCGCAAUGAUAAUUCAUAUCAGAAUCUGUCAUUAAGAGAUCAUUCAUAAAAUGUAUUUUGAAUUAAACUGAUUCUUCUCGUUUUCAUUAU